CCUAACCUCUGUUUGUCAUAUUUUACGUUUUAUUCAUUUACAAUGUUUUAAAAUGCAUUUCAGUUUUCAAGGCACCAAUAGUAACGAACAAUAGUAAUGGUAUUAUUCAUCAAAUAAAUAGAAAAUUUACGCAGCCCAAUGUGUUUAAUCGUGGAAGUUAUUCUGCCAACAAUUCAAACAUUUCUACUUCUCUUCUCGUUACGAAUUGGUUGCCUUAUAAUUCUCGCUUGGACGUCUUUCAGAACAUGGUUUGGCAUUGUGUUCUUCUCGUCAGCGAUACUGGAAGUGCUGGCGAGACGCAAAUCGCCGCUGCACAUGUUACUUUUGUGGCCGAAAAAGAAAUUCAUAUUUGAUGAAAACUUCUAUCUCAUUUAUUAUUUAUAUGUAGCCUUAUUAGUUGUUGAGGCUAUACUGUUUGUGUUUUGCCUCGUUUAUUUCACAUGGGGCUUGUAUAAGGUAAGAUCACGGCCGCUACGCCAAUAUUUAAUCUGUCGCUGCGUAACAUGGCUGGCAGAGGUGGUGUUGCUAUUAGCUCUGUGCCUCAAUCACAGGAAACUCAUAGGCUGGUACUUGGUCAUGCUGAUGUUUGUCAUUCUGGAGUUCUAUUCGCUAAUAACUGUAUACAGUUAUUACGUAAAUUUAACAACUGAGGAAAAUGAUCCCCGGAAUUAUCCCGAAAAAGUACAAAACCUUUAUGACUUAAGUACAAAAUCUAAAGGUAGCGAAGGACAAUCGCAGACAACUUCACUCGUAACACAUUACUAUCGCCGUUAAAAUAUGGUA